AUGUGUGACGAAGAUCGUUCGGCUAGCACAAAAUCCGGGGUUACCAAGAAAGAGUUAUAUGACCGUCUUGGAAUUCAAGUGAAAGCCUUUGUUGAAGAUAAUAACAGAAAGAUAGUGCCCAACCUUAAUAUGGGUAUUCAGUUGGGAAAUAUUGCUGCCCUACUUUUCUACGAACUCAACGCUUAUGUCAAUCCUUCAGCAUUACUGCAAGAUACACCUAUAAACUGGCUUGGAUUUUACCUUUUGCAAAGUCCAGAGUUACUUGUUCUGGGACCUUUUCAGGGACGACCAGCUUGCAGUAGUAUACAAGUUGGUCGUGGUGUGUGUGGAUCUGCAGUGGAAAAGGGAGAAACACUCAUUAUUCCUGACGUCCAUAAAUUCCCUGGUCAUAUUGCAUGCGACAGUGCAUCAAACUCUGAAAUUGUAAUUCCCAUCAAAACAAGUAAAGGGCAAGUAGUAGGAGUUAUUGAUGUUGAUAGCACUCAGUUGGAUUUUUUCGAUGAAGUAGAUGCAAAUGGACUAGAGCAGAUCGCAACAAUUAUUUCAGAAGAAGUAGAUUUCCCCUUGUCUCGUGUUUUGGUAAAAAAUCCAUUAGUACCAAGUAAGACUAUGGUAACAGGUACACCAGAAGUACAUCAUAAUAUGGUGACAGAAGUAUUGCCACUCAGUUCGUCAUCCAAUAUAAAAGCUGUUGUUAUUAAACCCACCGUAACGCCACCAGCAACGUUACCAUCAAAGUCUUUUACAACAAUUCUUGGAACAGUUGCUAGUGAAAAACCAGUUACAUCAAUGGAACCAGAAGUAAAGUCAAUGGAAAUUGGUGGGUGGAAGUUUACAGCAACGGAGUUAACUCGCAUCCUUACACAGGAUGAGGUGAGUUUACUUGAAAAGAAAGUAGGCAUUAGUGCUAUACCAGAGAUUCAAUUUGCAUUUAAUUCACUUCAAAUUGCACCGGUGAUGUGUCCUGAUAAGCCAUUAGUAACAUUUUCCCUGGAGGAUGUCUUGCGUUCAGCUGCUGCCUUCUACCACACAGAUGCGUACCGCUCGUUAAUAGCGCCGCAACUGACCAUUCCCGUUGCGGAAUCGUGGAAGAAUUCACCGUACGCGACAUUUGAUCCCGGUGUAGAUUGGGCGUGGCGCAACAAUUACUUUGGCAUUGAUGACCAUCGCUGCUCUCUGCGACUGCUGGAGCCAGAUAUGCCGGGUGUUAACUGGGAUUUACUGCGGAAUCAGACAGUGCCUAUUCUCUUCUUUCACCAAUUUGACAUGAUGGAGGAUGAUCUGCACGAUCAUGGGGUCGUGAAAAGUUCUCUGCGUGUGCGGGCGAUGCCGACGGCGUUCUUUAUUUUGUUCCGUCACUUCAUCCGCGUGGAUGGGCACCGCGUGUGGAUGCGGGAUGUGCGUCUCUUUCACGAAUACACCGUACGGCGGGCAGACGGGCAACCGCACAUUGUGGUCUGCGAGGAAAUACGCACCUUGGAUACUGGAAACAACGAGCAAUGGCGUGAUUGCACACCAGACGAAUACGCACGGGAUGCGAAAGUACUGCAGACAAACAACUACUACGUGAGUAUAGACGACCCCACAGAUCGUGACUGGUGGUCCUCUAUUCAUUCCUAG